AUGACCGAAAAGAUAGAAAGGACGGAAUCCUCCGUAACUAUGUCUAUGCCAGAAGCAUAUUAUGGGGAUUCAGAGAAUAAAAUUGUUGGCAGCGAUGGAGGGGCUGGCGACCCUCCGUAUGACGAAAAUCAUGAUUCUGAUCAAAAACCACGUAAAAAAAGCCUGAAAACCAGCGAAAUAAUUCAAUCCAAUCCAAAAGUAUGGUAUAAACACACAAAAUCUUUGUUGAGUAGCAUCAAAUCAAAUUGGCUUUUAGUUUUCUUCAUUCCAGCGGUGGUGCUGACCAAAUACCAAGGACAUAUUAGUGCCAUUGUGACUUUUAUCUUUGAUAUGUUGGCUAUUAUUCCGUUGGCGAAAAUCUUAACCGUCUCCAUUGAUGACAUGACUGCUAGAUUGGGACCGGCUUAUAGUGCCGUCCUCCACGCUUUUUCGGGAAAUUGUGUGGAACUUAUUAUUCUUGGAUUCGCCUUAAAAGAUAGAGAAUAUGCCAUUGUUCGUUCUUCUGUACUCGGUGCCAUCUUAUCUAAUAUUUUAUUGAUCUUAGGCGCAGUAUUUUUGAUAGCUUCAUUUCCAAGAAAAGGACAAACCAAUCUCCAAACUGAUAUCGAUGCUUCAUUUUUUGUGAACACAAGUGCAUCAGUUCUUGCCCUUGCCGUGCUUGCUUUAGUCACCCCAGCUACAUUUAAGAUUGCAGCACCCCCGGAAACUGGCAUUGAUUGUGAUAUGCAAAAUAUCAGUCGAGCAACAGCCAUCAUUCUUUUAAUGCUGUAUGCCGGAUUAUUAAUCUUCCAAUUGAAAACUCACGCUAAAGAACUGGUAGAUAUGUCUGAAGUAGAACAACAUGAAGCAAGAUAUUUUUUAGUGUUUGACCUACUCUUGGCUGCUCUCUCAAUUGCUGGUAUUACCUAUUGUUCAAGAUAUCUUGUGACAAGUAUUGAACAUCUAGCUGAGCAAUAUCAACUUGGACACUCGUUUGUCGGAAUGGUCUUGUUACCCACUUGUGUCAUGUCCAAUGCACUUGAACAUUGGCACGCCAUUAAAGAUGCACAUAAGAAUAAGAUCGACACAGCUAUCAGCUUGGUUCUCAAUACAUCUGUG